GGGGUGCGGACAACGGCGGCUCUCCCGGCUGCUGCCAGCUCGGCCCGCGCUGCCCGCUCGGCGCGCGCUUCGGGGCGAGGCUGGGCGGCUCCUGUGGACGCGCAGCAUGGCGGUGGAGGAGGAGGGGUUGCGGGUGUUCCAGAGCGUGAAGAUCAAGAUCGGUGAAGCCAAAAACCUUCCCUCCUACCCGGGGCCAAACAAAAUGAGAGAUUGCUACUGCACAGUGAACCUGGACCAGGAAGAGGUUUUCAGGACCAAAAUCGUGGAAAAGUCACUCUGCCCCUUCUAUGGAGAAGACUUCUACUGUGAGAUUCCUCGGAGCUUCCGUCACCUAUCAUUCUACAUUUUCGAUAGAGAUGUCUUCCGGAGGGAUUCCAUCAUAGGGAAGGUGGCCAUUCGGAAGGAUGACCUCCAGAAGUACCACAACAGGGACACCUGGUUCCCACUGCAGCAUGUGGAUGCUGACUCGGAAGUGCAGGUUCAUCACAAUGUGUCUUGGAGAAGCUCGGCUAGAGUUGAGUUACCAUGCCUCUGGACUAGGGUUUCGAUGAGUCCUUUGGUACAGCACCAGAAGGAUGAGAAGAUUGAAGAGCAAGAAGGGAAAAAAGAAGAAAAGAAAAAAGAGAAAAGAGAGGGGGGCAAGGUCCACCUGGAGCUGAGGCUGAGUGAGGUCAUCACCGACUCGGGUGUCGUCUGCCACAAGCUGGCCGCACGCAUCGUCGAGUGCCAAGGUCUCCCCAUUGUGAACGGGCAGUGUGACCCUUAUGCCAUCGUGACAUUGGCAGGACCAUUCAGAUCGGAAGCAAAGAAGACGAAAGUGAAGAAAAAGACCAACAACCCCCAGUUCGAUGAAGUCUUCUACUUUGAGGUGACUAGACCCUGCAGCUACAGCAAAAAGUCGCACUUUGACUUUGAGGAGGAAGAUGUGGACAAGCUGGAGAUCAGAGUCGACCUCUGGAAUGCCAGCAACUUGAAGUUUGGAGACGAGUUUCUGGGAGAGCUGAGGAUCCCACUCCGAGUCCUGCGCCAGUCUAGCUGCUAUAAGGCCUGGUACUUCCUCCAGCCCCGGAACAGCAGUAGUAAGAGCCCAAAGCCAGACGACCUGGGGUCCCUGAGACUGAAUGUGGUAUACACCGAAGACCACGUGUUUUCCUCCAACUAUUAUAGCCCUCUACGGGAGCUGCUGUUGAAGUCUGCAGAUGUGGAGCCUGUCUCGGCGUCAGCAGCCCACAUCCUGGGUGAGGUGUGCAGGGAGAAGCAGGAGGCGGCGGUGCCACUGGUGCGGCUCCUCUUGCACGCGGGCAGGGUGGUGCCCUUCAUCUGUGCCAUUGCCAGUGCCGAGGUGCAGAGAACCCAGGACCCCAACACCAUUUUCCGUGGAAACUCACUAACGUCCAAGUGCAUUGACGAAACGAUGAAACUGGCGGGUAUGCACUACCUACACGUCACCCUGAAGCCCGCCAUCGAGGAGAUAUGCCAGAGCCACAAGUCUUGUGAGAUCGACCCCGUGAAGUUAAAAGACGGUGAAAACCUCGAAAACAACAUGGAGAACCUAAGGCAGUACGUGGACCGCAUCUUCCAUGCCAUCACCACAUCUGGGGUCAGCUGCCCAACCAUCAUGUGUGACAUCUUCUUUUCCCUCCGAGAGGCAGCUGCCAAGCGCUUCCAAGAUGACGUGGAUGUGAGGUUCACCGCUGUGAGUAGCUUCAUCUUCCUGAGGUUCUUCGCUCCAGCCAUUCUCUCUCCCAACCUCUUCCAGCUCACGCCUCACCACACGGACCCACAGACAUCCAGGACCCUGACCCUUAUCUCAAAGACCAUUCAGACUCUCGGCAGCUUAUCCAAAUCAAAAUCGGCCAGUUUUAAGGAGUCGUACAUGGCUACGUUCUAUGACUUCUUCAAUGAGCAAAAAUAUGCAGACGCCGUGAAAAACUUCCUGGAUCUGAUUUCAUCCUCGGGGAGAAGAGACCCUAAAAGCAUAGAGCAGCCUAUCCUGCUCAAAGAGGGGUUCAUGAUUAAGAGGGCACAAGGAAGAAAACGCUUUGGAAUGAAGAAUUUUAAAAAAAGAUGGUUUCGCCUGACUAACCAUGAGUUCACCUACCAGAAAAGCAAAGGAGACCAGCCCCUCUGCAGCAUCCCCAUCGAGAACAUCCUGGCCGUGGAGAAGCUGGAGGAGCAGUCCUUCCGUAUGAAAAAUAUGUUCCAGGUGGUACAGCCGGAGCGCACCCUCUACAUCCAGGCCAGCAACUGCGUGGAGGCCAAGGACUGGGUUGAUGUCCUCAGCAAGGUCAGCCAUUGCAACCGACAGCGGCUCACUGUCUACCACCCCUCCGCCUACCUGAACGGCCACUGGCUGUGUUGCAGGGCUGCCUCAGACACAGCCGUGGGCUGUUCACCCUGCACCAGGGACCUCCCAGCUGAUAUCCACCUGGACAUUGAUGGGGACCGGGAGAUGGAGCGUGUGUACUCUCUCUUCCACUCCUACAUGGGCAAGCUGGAGAAGAUGCAAGGGAACACCCCAUUGGAGAUAAGAGUUUCCAGAGCUGCAUCAGGCAGUCAUCCGAGACCUCUACACAUUCCAUCUGAAGCCUGGAGAGGACAAGAGAGUAGGGACAAGGGCAGAGCCACCAGCCAGGGUCCACAUGCCUCUGUACCGCGAAGCCCAUGCCGCGCCUAUUCUGAGAGCCGCUGCCAUCUGCUGUGGCAGGAACUAACUCGCUCACUGGGUGAGUUACUUUUCAUUCUCCAGGUUUUGGGGAUCCAGUGAUCAGCCAGAUCGUCAAGAAGUGUGGGCACCACACCACUGUGUCCCAGCCCAGCCUGGGAGCCCCUUGCCCAGCCCGGUGGCUACAGAACAUGAAUUCCCGCCUUGCCCUCACCGUGCCCCAUCUCCUGUACAUCUCUGCACCAUGGGCCCUCAGCCCUGCCUGGACAUCCUGCUUAACCACCAGCCGCAGAUGGCCUCUCUCUUCAGCUGUUGAUGAGGUUUUGUUCCUGGCCAAAGGGUCAGUUUGUGGCUAGGACAUGCAGAGCUGCGCAGAAAUCCCACCCAAGACUGCUCCUGGCACCUGGGAGGCCCCUCUGCAGAGGGGCUCCCAUCCCCAGGUGUCUGCUGAGUCCCCAGCUCAAGCACACAUCCUUUUGAUGGGGGUUAGAGUUCCACCCCGGUAGAAAUUUGGGAAAGAUUUUAAAAAUAGAAGUGUGCAUUUUUCAUGCCGUUUUUCUUAACAUUUUAAAAGGACUGUUUUAAAUUAGUUCUUUGUAACUUUGGAUAUUCCUAUCCAACCUAUACCUGGUAAACAGGAGGAUGUCAUAGGAGGGCAGCACAAAAAGGCGUCCUGUGUAUUUCAUGAAAGCUAGCAAAAGGUCCUCAAAAGAAAAUCAAAGGGAAGAAACUAUGAGUUUGAGGUGUGGAGCCUUCGGUGACACAGGUGCCACUGCCGGGACCCUGAGCACUGCGUCUCUGUGGGCCCAGUCCCCUCCUUGCCCUCCUGGAGCUUGCCGAGGAAGAUCUCCACACAGCGUCCUCAACUGUUGUCGGCACUGCAUGCCUGGUGCUCUCUGUUCUUGUUUGGAAACAUUGUUGUUCAGGGUCAGUCUAGAUAGCAGGUAGUAACGUUAUUGUCACAAAAAUAGUGGAGGAAAAUAUAAAAAAUAAACUUUGGGACACAGCUAUGAUGCUGCACCAAGCUGCAAUUUUUAACACGGAUUUGUAACUUAAUGUCUUUGUUUACAAAAUACUAAUGAUUUGCAAUGUAUUUUACUGUCCAAUUAAAACAGAUACUUUAUUCUU